UUCACAGAAUACAUAAGGACUACUCAAACAUUGAACCAAUCUCUAACAGUUGCAGCAAUCAAUGACAUAUACGAAAUAAUUGGUCCAAGAGCUAUUCGCUAUGGAUGAAAAUGAAGAUAAAGCAUGGUGGAGACCAGAAUCCUCUCAUGGGUACGCUCAUCUGCUGUCUGCUGGCCGGUCCCAGUGGUACCUGUGUGCAGCAAUGUGUGUUACCCUCACUCUCUCCUUGUCUCUGCUCAUCCUGAUGCCCAGUCGGUUUGGCAGUGUGGACAGAAAGUUAUCUGAUUUGGAGAGAUCCGUGUCAAAUCUGACUGAAUCUGUGUCCCUUCACUUAUCAAAACUACAUGAGAAAGUUGGUAUUCUGGAGAUGAAGUUAUCUGAUUUGAAGAGAUCAGUAUUAAAUAUGACAGAACGUGUGUCCUUUCACUCAUCAAAAGUACCGAAGAGAGUGGGCUGUCCUGAUGGCUGGUCUCUUCACAACUCCAGCUGCUACUUCUUCUCGGCCUACCAGGCUUCAUGGUACACAGCCCGAGACUCCUGUAGGUCUAUGGAUGCCACACUGCUCAUCCUGACUAACGAAGAAGAGUGGGGCUUUGUAAACAGAAUGAGUGUUGGUCGCUCCUUCUGGCUUGGCCUGUCAGAUGAGAGGACUGGAGAGUGGGAGUGGGUCAACGGGAGUCCUUACAUCAUGGACCAGAGUAAAUGGAAGCCAGGCCAACCUGAUAACUGGACGGGGCAUUCUAUAGGGGGCACAGCCCAUAUCUCCUCUUCUGGGAAACUCAAUGACAACCACUGCACUACUGCCUAUACAUUCAUCUGCAAAGCUAGACCAGCAUCCAACUAAUGAAGUUAAACAUUUCUAUGCUUUAUGAUUAAAAAUAGAACAUAAACAGGAUUAAUUUGAAUUAAGCAAGUCCUGUUUUCUAUGUGAUUGUCACAUUUGUGGAUUUUUGCAUGCCAAAAUAUGUGGUCUGCUGUAUUCCUUAUCUAAUACUCACAUAUAAAAAAAUAUAUAUAUUUGUAAAAAAUUGUGCUAAUGUCAAAUUAGUUUUUAAUGAGGACAUUUCUUACAAUUCAAGUGUGUUCCAAUUGCACCGAGCAUUUGCUCUGCAGACAUAAGACAUAAAUGCUAAUGAAUCAUUACUUUACAUAAGGGGAC